CCCUGUCCAAAGGCUCGGGAUAUCGCUGUACAGUAAUAUUAACUCAUAUUCCGCACUUGGCUGUUUUUACGGGAUCCGCCAAUUUGCCUUCCGCAGAAAAAUAUUUCAUCUGGGAGUCCUCGAAAGUCGUGCAUAGACAUUCUACCUAGACGUUCGGAAUUCCUCUCUUUUCAAUCCUUCUUUUUAUGCGGUUAUCAGCAACUACCACAAAAGAAUUGAUCUUCCGUGCCACAACCACAUUCGGACCACUUUUGUGAUUACAUUAUGUCAAUUCCGCCGGAAGCUUUACAAAAGUUGGCUCAGGAAAUUGAAACGCGGGCUGUUGUUUCGCAACAACAGAUCGGCAUUGUCCGAACCCAGAUUGCUGCCAAGCAAAGGGAUGUGCGGCUACAAGAGCUUACGGCGAAUGAAGCAACCACACUGCCUAAGGAUACAAAGGUUUAUGAAGGGGUUGGCAAAAUGUUCGUACUUACCCCGUUAGAGAAUGUGAAGGAUCGACUGGCGGCAGAGAAGGAGGAGUUGAAAUCCGAUAUCAACAACCUGGAAAAGAAGCUCCAGUAUUUGGAGACAACACACAAAAACAGUCGAGAUCAUAUUGAGCAUAUGUUGAAAGCAACCGGUCGAUCCUAACCAGACGAAGGUUUGGGCUGUUGCCGACUCUUUUUAGAGCCGUAAUUUUCUCUAUUCCAACAUCUGUCUAUUUAUAUCAUUUCUUUCCGUUUUUCCUUUUCAGCUAGCGUGCUUUUCUUAACCAAACUUUCUGGGAUUCUCGAAAAUGCAUGAAUCAAGAAAUGAUCGAAACUUAUACUACUACCUGAUGGGAAUGGCUCAUCAUUUUGGCGCAGUGGAUAGACUACGACAUGAAAAAGAAAAAGCAGAUACGGAC